GCGCCGCAGUGCGACAAAAUUUCGAACGUAAGCGAGUAAAUGGCGGCAAGUUAGUGUCGUUUGGCAAAAAUACGUUAGAAAGAUAAGUUGUUUUGAUUUAUAUUUUGAGGUUUAUAUUAGAGGUUAGACAUGUCUCUUGUGACUGACGUUCUAAGUUCGGCUGGUAAAAUGGACAAGGAGGAUUUAAAUAAUCGAGUGACGAAGCUUACUAAACGUGUAGAAGAGAUUAAAUUAGACGUUCAGGAUGCUUUAAAAUUACAUUUUGCGGAAAUUUCUCCGUAUUUUGCCGUCACCGAUUUAAACAAGAAGUUAAAUCACGCGCAGAAAGAAGUGAAAAAUCUUAUAAAUAAAAUGGAAAAAGAGAUUAAACCAGAAAUUCAAAGCGCUGUUACAGACUUUCAGGACCUUUCUGAUCAACUUCGAGAUGCCAUUACCAUUGCGGCUGUAGUGGAAAAUCUGGUUAAAAUACACGAAAACUUAGAAGCGGCUGAUGAGUCUUUGAUUCAGAAGAAUUAUUUUGUUUCUGCCCAAAAUUUACAAAAUGCCCAAGAGAUUUUGCAAGAAAUUUUAAAUUUUGAUCAAAGUGUAAAAAUUGUUGAAUUACUUAAAAUAGAGAUGAUCAGCAGAAAAGAAAAAUUACUUUAUGACCUGCGAGAGAUCUGGGAUCGGUCUGUCAUCUGGGACAUCGAAGACGGACGGACGAAAUUGUCUGUUGUAGAAGAAAAUGCAGUGGAGAGGAUGAGCCUUAUUAAAGCUCUCUAUUUCAUGAAUAAAUUAAAAGGAUUUAUCGAGUCAUUCGGAAAAAAACUGAUGCAGCACGUGUUGAAAAUGAUUUUUUCUUUCGAUGUUGGCGUAGAAGAUAGCAAUAAUUCUGUGACAGUUGCUGUUAUAAAUGAAGACCGACCGGAGCCAGUUAAAGUGUUUUUAAAUUUGAAAACUGUAUUUUCAUUCUUAUGCGAUUUGUUUUCUGAUAUUUCGUUAACCGGAGAUGAUGAUGAUAAGCAAUCUGAACUUGUUAUUAUGAAUAUGUUAGGUAGAGUAAUAGGUGAAGAAUUCUGCAAUUGCUUGAUUCGAGAUUGUCUUGAUGUCGCUCUUCCGAGCCGUACAAAAGACUUGGAAAGUUAUUCCAAUGUCAUUGAAAUGACUACUGAUCUACAAAAUAUGCUUAUAAAUUUAGGAUUUUUAUCAAAAGAUCUGUCUUCUACAUUAGAAUAUGUACAGAAUAUUGAUACUCUUUUUGCUAAUAAAAUGUGCCAGGAAUUUCUUGUUCGGGCAAGAAAUUUAUUGAAGAAGGAAUUGCACAAUACAAUUGUAGUUACUCCAGAUACAACUCCACUUUAUCAAUUAGUGGAAUUAGAUAAAACUAUUACUGAACAAACAGAUGAAAAGAUUCUAAUGCCUCAAAAAGGUUUAAAUAAUGAGAAUUUUAAAUUUCCAAAAUGUGAAAUAAGUGUUUUUACUAAAGAAAUUCUUGAUUUAAUUCAUGAAGUGCUUCAAGAAGCCACAAAAAGCAAUCAGAUUUGUGCCAUUAAACUUUUCUACAUUGCUCGAAAUAUUUGUGAACUUUAUUGUAAUGUUGUGCCAGUUUAUCAUCAGGAUAGAAUAAGUGAAAUCCCACAACAAUCUGCAAUUUAUCAUAAUAAUUGCAUGUUUUUAGCUCAUCAUUUAUUAACAGUUGGUCACUACUAUCAAAGUAAACUUCCAGUGCCUUUAUCAACAUGUUCCAUCACUUUUGUGGAUCUGAUUUCUCUGCUUCGCACUUUAGCAAAAGAUUCCUUUCUUUCACAGAUGAGAAAGCAAAAGCAACAAUUAUUACAAUAUUUGCAGGAUAAUUCUAUAUUUCUAAAUAUAUCUGCAGAUGAGAAUUUAUUGCCAAAAGCAGAACAAGCAGUAAGAAAAUGUUUGUGCCAACUUCAAUUCUUAUCUCGUGCCUGGAGUGACACUUUACCACAAAGUGUGUAUUGUCGUGCUAUUGGAACUUUGCUUAAUACAUGUUUAGAAGAAAUUAUUUUAAGAAUUAAAUGUUUAGAAGAUAUAACAGUUCCAUGUGCUACAAGAUUAAUCUCAAUUUUUAGUUUUAUUAUAAGUGAAACUCCACAGUUAUUUAAGACUCAAGAUAAAGAAGAGAUGGUGGUGGUCAAUCAUUAUGUACGUAAAUGGGACAAAUUUCAGAAAUUACAAUGGAUGCUUGGAGCCAGCAUGAGAGAGAUUGUUGACUUAUGGGCAGGUGGCAAAGGUGUUUUGGCAGCUGAAUUCAGUGCAGAUGAAGUAAAAGAGUUAAUUAGAGCAUUAUUUCAAAAUACAGAUCGGAGAGCAGCAGCAUUAGCAAAAAUACGUUAAUUUUAUACCAUUAAAUUAAUAUUUUUUGAGUAAAACAUCAGCAUAUUAUUAUAUGGAAUUUAUUCUUAUUUGUUAUUGCUUCUAAAAAAUGCAGUUUUGUAUAUAAUUUUGAUUUAAUAAAUGAAUUUUAAUGAAUGCAAAUAAGAAAUUAUAUAGUUGCAUUUAUUUCAUAUAAAAAAAUUACAUGUGAAGCCAAAAGUUAUUAAAAUGUUUAAAAAGUUAUUAAUUAAAAGUAAAAAUUGGGUUUACAGCAAAUAAUGUGAAUUACUAUUAAAAACUUUGUGUAUGAUAAUUAUGUAGUUUUUCAAAAUAACAAUUUUAAAUAUAACAAAAUUAAGAUUUUUUUAAGUGUUAGAAUAAUGAGAAUUAUUAUUUGAACUAGGAAACUUAUAUAAUGUGAUUACUAUCCUGAUCAUUGCUUAUAAUAAUGGUGUGAUUUAGUUUUGUUUAUGUUAAUGCUUUGGACAUGUAUAUAGUUGUUUUCCUAACAAUCUUGAAAUAAUUUAUAUGUAUGAUGCAUUUAUAUUUUUGCAAAAGAUAUUUAAGAAUAAUAAUGUAGUUUCAUUGAAAUUGGGAUAUAAAAUUAAUAUCCUAAUUUUUUUAAUGUUAAGUUAUAAAGUUAUAUGAAUCAUUCAAUUAUAAUGUUAGUAUUAAUGAAACUUGAGUGUUUGAUUUUGAAAUUUAUUACACAAAAUAUUAUAUUUACCUAGGAUACAAUAGAAUUUAAUUAUUAUAAUUCAUUUUAUUAGCAAAUAUAAAAUCACAGAUUGAUAAUUUUAAAACUGAUUUUAUGUUUGAUAUACUAUAUAUUUUGAUGUUAACUGAAUUCACUGUGUGUGUGAUAUUGCUUGCAUACAAAGUAAUCAUCUGUCAAAAUGACUAAAUUGGCUGCUAAAAAAGUAUUUCAAGAGAGAAUAAAAUUAAGUUACAUUAUUGUAAUAAAAUAAUUUGAAGUUGUUGUUUAUUAACUAAUUUGAAUUUAAAGCAAUAAAUAUUAACAUACUGUAUUUAUUAAUUAGUGUGUUAAACUUGCAUUUUACUUUCCUAACAUAUCUAGGAAUUGUAUAUAGGAAUAGAUAAGUUGUUAGAGAUUUGUUCUCGUCCUGUAUAUGUAAAAUUUCUAAUUUUUUCAAUCUGAAAAUUAUAUCUGAA